UCGAGGCUUACGUUUCUCAGCGAUAGUCUGUUCCUACAAUACUUCCAAACACAAACCUGACUAUAACGACGUAGAGCAGGUGUUGAAGCUCCGGCUAAACGAUCCCGAGUUGCGGUUUAACCCGUAAAGGGCCAAUUGCUGGUGUUUGGGCCUCUUCACUGAAUUAGUAGAAUGGAAGAACAAGAAGAAUUAUUAGGAGGCAAUGGUGUUGGCAUUAGAGUUUCAACAUUCGAUUAUUCAGUUGAGAAUCACUUUAAAGAAAUGGACAUGAUUUCUAAACUUUGUGGAGAAGCACAAACUGAUUCCGUGGAUGAAAUUGAAAUUCAGUGCUAUAAGUCCUCUAUCACUUUUUUGAGUGAGUGGAAGCUUUAUAAGUACGACCCGAGAAUAAUUAGGUUUGCUAGUGAAACGGAUAAUUCUCUGGAGAAGUGUGUUCUCAGUGGAAUAAAUCUACCGCUGUUCUCAUCUGCAACUGUUCCUAAGGAGAGACCAGAUGUUGGUGCCACUUCUCCAGAAUCCAGUAAAGAUUUUGUGAUGUAUGUUGGAGGGUCUGUUUUGGCAUUGGAUUGGUGUCCUAGGGUUCAUGAAAGGCCUGACAAUCAUAUCAAACGCGAGUUUGUUGCUAUUUCUGCCCAUCCUCCUGAAUCUUACUAUCACAAAAUAGGUGUACCACUUACUGGCAGAGGCAUGGUCCAGAUAUGGUGUGUUUUAAAUGUCGGUGGGGAUGAGGAAGCACUUCCAAUGAAGAAAUCAAAACUGGGAGCUCGAUACAAUGUAUCCAAGAUGGACAAAUCAGUUGAAUUAAACAGGCCAAAAGGAAGACCUAGAAAAAAGCCAAUAGAAGAAUCAUCCAGAAAUGAAGCCACAAAGGCUUUAGCUAAGAUGCCAAAAGGAAGACCUAGAAAAAGACCAAUAGAAGAAUCACCCUGUAACGAAGCCACGGAGUUGAUUUCAGCUAAAAGGCCUAAAGGAAGACCUAGAAAAAAGCCAAUAGAAGAAUCACCCAGUAAUGAAGCCAUAGAGGAGAUUUUAGCUCCAGUUAAUGAAGCGACAAAGGAGAAUUUAGCUCAAGUUAAGAGGGGAGGACGGCCUAGGAAGAACCCAACAAAUGAAUCUCUUGAUAGUUUGGAUAGCAGCAACCAGUAUGUCCAAGCUCUCUCUGUUGAAUACCCACAAGAUUCACCUGGACUGCUUUCUAUAGAAGGGAUUUCUCAAAACAGCCAAGAUGAGGCCAAACAAAAACACAAGGUGAAAGAACAAAAAAAAUUCACCAAACAGCUAUUUGAUUGUAAUGCAAAUCUUAAAACUACUGCACAAAGUAGAAGAUUGAAUAGUAAUGCAAGGAAGGGAAGUGAUUCUGGUGAUGUUGCGUGUCCACUGUUAUUGAUUCAUAAUGAAGAUGAUAAUGUUUCUUUGGAUAUCAACUCUACAUCUUCAACUGUAAACUACCAAACACAUGAGAAUUCUGGACUCAACACUGCAAUGCCAGCUUAUGGUUCUGAUAAUGUUUCUUUGGAUAUCAAUCCUACUUCUUCCAUUCCAAAUGAUGCUGAUUUGCCAAGAGUUGUAUUAUGCCUAGCUCACAAUGGAAAAGUCGCAUGGGAUGUCAAAUGGCAGCCUUGUAAUGCACCCCCUUCCAAAUUCCAGCAUCGCAUGGGUUAUCUUGCUGUCUUGUUGGGAAAUGGAUCUUUGGAAGUAUGGGAUGUUCCUCUCCCCCAUGCUAUGAAAUCAGUUUAUUCUUCUUCUAAUUUAGAAGGCACAGAUCCUCGCUUUGUAAAGAUAAAGCCAGUAUUCAGAUGUUCCACUCUGAAGUGUGGAGGUAUACAGAGCAUCCCUUUGGCAGUAGAGUGGUCAACUUCAUACCCUCAUGAUUACCUACUUGCUGGAUGCCAUGAUGGAACAGUUGCUUUGUGGAAAUUCUCUGCAAGUGGCGCAUCUGGUGAUACAAGGCCUUUGCUUUGUUUCAGCGCAGAUACAGUUCCUAUUAGAGCAAUUGCAUGGGUCCCAUCUGAAAGUGACCAAGAGAGUCCAAAUCUUAUCCUCACUGCUGGACAUAUGGGCCUGAAGUUUUGGGACAUACGUGAUCCAUUCCGACCUUUGUGGGACCUCCAUCCAGCACCAAAACUCAUAUAUAGCCUGGAUUGGCUGCCGGAUCCAAGAUGUAUAAUUUUAUCCUUUGAUGAUGGAACAAUGAGACUCCUCAGCCUGGCAAGGGCUGCAUAUGAUGCUGCCGUCAAUGGAAAACCUUCUGUUGGACCAAAACAACUAGGGAUGCACGUUGUUAAUUGUUCUUCCUUCGCUAUCUGGAGCGUUCAAGUGUCAAGGCUUACGGGCAUGGUUGCAUAUUGCAGUGCAGAUGGUACUGUUUGCCGCUUCCAGCUCACAACAAAAGCAGUGGAGAAAGAUCCAUCGAGACAUAGGGCCCCACAUUUUGGUUGUGGGUCCUUGAGUGAGGAUGAAUCAGCUAUUAUAGUGGGCACUCCAUUACCAGAUACUCCUUUACCUUUGAAGAAGCCAGUUAACGAUGUUGGGAACAAUCCAAAAUCCAAGCAGCGUUUGUCUGUGUCAAAUAAGGCCACAAAAAUUUCUACUUCAGAUGAUCCACCAUUAGCUCUUUGCUAUGGUGAUGAUCCUGGUAUGGAUCAUGGAUCAGAUGAAACAUUGACAGCUACAAAAAGCAAGAGGAAACCAAAAUCAAAAAGUGGGAGUAAGCAAAUGGAAGGAGAGGAUCAAGCAUUGGUAUGCAUUGAUGACGAGCAAGAUGUCAAACAGAAAGGUGGCGGAAAGGAGGGAGCUGGGAAUGUAGUUGAAAGCAUCCCACCUAAAAUGGUUGCAAUGCAUAGAGUUAGAUGGAAUAUGAACAAAGGUAGUGAGAGAUGGCUCUGCUCUGGUGGAGCAGCCGGAAUCGUACGGUGUCAAGAAAUCAAAAUGUUUGAUGCUGAUAUAUGCUUGGCAAGGAAGAGAUAGUAGCCUGUAAAACGUUAAUCAUAAUCUAUGGAUAUUUAUUGUUAUUUUCGAUA